CCCGUAUAUAACAGCUCGGAAACUCCGGUUGAAUUGCUUUACUCUCAGCGAGGGCUGAAUCAGUUCCAGAAGAAGAGGAGCCCAACUUGACGAAACAAAAUGCAGCCGAAGCAGAUUCAUGAGAUCAAGGACUUCCUUCUCACGGCGAGAAGGAAGGAUGCACGCUCUGUCAAGAUCAAGAGGAGCAAAGAUGUAGUCAAGUUCAAGGUCCGCUGCUCAAAGUACCUCUACACCCUAUGUGUGUUUGACAACGAGAAGGCCGAUAAGCUGAAGCAAUCUCUUCCCCCAGGUUUGAGCGUGCAAGACCUUUGAAGAGAUGGACUUGGUGCAGUUUUUUUAGAGAGGUUUUGAUACUUUUUGUUGCUCUACGGAAUGACAUUGUGGUUCUCAUGGUUUUGUUCGAUCACUCUUUUGGAGUUGAACUUGAAAGUGCAGAGCUAUGUACCGAUUAUGUUGCGUGGACUUAGUGCUAGUCAUGCAGGUUGCAGUACUGCCGCAGUCGUUAAAACUUGAAAGUAAUCUAUUCUCCUAUUUAUUUUAGACGGGAUGAAUGUUGAUUCUCUACCGCCGAGAAAGCGUUUGUUAAUCAGAACGAAAAUACUUGUUUUCGGGGCUUUAAGGUUUCUCAAUUCACAGCAGCUGCUGCUGCUUAAGGACUCUUGACCUGUAACAGCCAGCAACUGACUUUUCACGAGAGCGGUGUAUGUAUGUAUGUGGCCAUUGUUACUUUGCUAGCAAAUACCGACAUUACAGUUUCCAGCCGAGCC